UCGAAAUUAUAUACAGGCCCGGUUAGAUUGUCCUGAGAAGGAAUAAACAAUCUCACACAUCCAUCACAGUAAACGGCCCUUUUACCAUAUAGAGAUUAAUAACCGUUAACUUAUCUAGACUUAAGGGGCUUUUCUGUUGUGGGUAUAGAUUUUUAUUGCUGUUACCAGUCUUGUGUUGUUAGAUUAUAUUUACUUUUAUAUUUGUUGUUGCUAGUUUGCCUUUCCUUUUGAAUACCUAAUUUUAAAAAAGUUCUAUUAAAUUUGAGUCAUUUGAUCCCAUAAUGAGUCUGCCUCAAAACAUACAGUCAAACAGCUCAAGGCGAAGAUCCAUUGCAUUAUUAACCAGGUCACCUUUAUCUUCAUCUCCUUUAAUAGCCCAUUCUCCUAAACGAGGAAAUUCGGCCAAUAACUCAUAUGUGGCCAACGUCCAGUUUUUAAGAACAGGUGGUGAAUCAAGACAAAGCCUAGUUGAGAAUGAAGAAGCUAUUGAUUCUCAAAGUUCAAAUGAAUCAUCCACUCAAAAUUUGAUUCCUGAAUCAGCUGGAAUAUCUAUUCCUAGUAUUACUGAGAAUACAGAUUAUUCAGCUGGUAUUGAAGAUCCUAAAUUAUUAGCUCAAGUAGCGAAACAUUUACAUGAUUCAGAUUCUUUAAAAGCAGAAGGUGCAGAUAUCACUAGAGACUUGUAUAGAUUGAGUGUUGAUAAUAACCAUCUUCCAAGAAGAUCUCGUAGUUUUGAUUCAGCAGAGUGGACUAGAGAAAGAAGAGAAAGUGGAGCUAGUUCCUUGAAUGUUCCUGGAGGGUUCAGACGUGAUUUCUUAAAUCAUAAAUUUAACGUGGAAGAGAUUCGUACAGUGCAUCCAAAUUUCCUUACCAGGAAUUUUGUUGAAUUCUUAAGUAUUUAUGGUCAUUUUGCUGGUGAAGAAUUAGAAGAUGAAGAAGAUAUUGCAUGCCAUUAUAAAAUUCCAGAAUAUACUGGUGAAAGAUCACCAUUAUUAGGUUCGAAUGAUCAAGAAGUAAACCCAAAAGGAACAGCCACUGAUAGAAAAGCAUAUUUCCUAUUACUUAAAGCAUUUGUUGGUACUGGGGUUUUAUUUUUACCAAGAGCAUUUUCAAAUGGUGGUUUAACAUUUUCUAUUUUAACCUUAGUAUUCUUUGGUGCUUUAUCAUUAUGGUGUUAUUUAAUCUUAGUUUAUUCCAAGAUUUCCACGAAACUUAGUGGUUUCGGUGAGAUGGGGUCCAAACUUUAUGGAAAUUGGUUACAAAGAUUGAUUUUAUCAUCUAUUGUUCUUUCUCAAAUAGGAUUUGUGGCAGCAUAUAUUGUAUUCACUUCGGAGAAUUUAAGAGCAUUCAUAAGUAAUGUAAGUGGUUAUCCACCAUCUGAUUUUGAAAUCAUUUGGUUCAUCAUAUUCCAAGUCAUCAUUUUAUUACCAUUAUCAUUAAUUAGAGAUAUUACAAAGUUAUCAUUACUGGCAGUAUUAGCCAACUUAUUUAUUUUAUUCGGAUUGGUCACCAUCUUAUAUUAUAUCUUUUACGAAUGGUUAUAUGAGAAUAAAGGAACCUUAGGCCCUAAUAUUGAAUACAUAUUCAAUUCCAAUGAUUUUUCAUUAUUUAUUGGUGUGGCUGUUUUUGCAUUUGAAGGUAUUGGAUUAAUCAUUCCUAUUCAUGAAUCUAUGAUUUAUCCUAAUAACUUUCCUAAAGUUUUAUGUCAAGUUAUAUUCACUAUUUCAUUCAUUUUCAUAUUGAUCGGUAGUUUAGGUUAUAUCACAUUUGGGGAUCAAAUUAAAACAGUGAUUAUCUUAAACUUACCUCAAACUUCACCAAUGGUUAUUUUAAUCCAAUUAUUAUACUCAUUUGCUAUUUUAUUAUCAACUCCAUUACAAUUAUUCCCUGCUAUUAGAUUAUUAGAAUCAAAAUUAUUCUUUAGAAAGACAGGUAAAAAUUCACUUCGAGUUAAAUGGUAUAAGAAUGUGUUUAGAUUCUUAUUUGUAGUGAUGGUUUCAUAUGUAGCUUUAAUUGGUGGUCAGAAUUUAGAUAAGUUUGUUUCAUUCGUUGGUUGUUUUGCUUGUAUUCCAUUGGUUUACAUGUAUCCUCCAAUGUUACAUUUGAAAAGUUGUUGUGUUAUUCAUGAUGGAUUAAGUGAUUGGGAAAAGAGAAAGAGAUUUUGGUUAGGUUUAUUAGAUUAUGUUUUGGUUUUGAUUGGAUUUGUGGUUAUGCUUUAUACCACUUAUCAAAUCUUAUUCACUUAAUCCUUCAUUUAUAAAUAAAAGUUUUGUUUAUAUUUUAAUUG